CGCCAUACUUCCAAGAGCAUUUUUCGGGGCGAGUUUACAUUUUGCGGAUAAUUGUGGAAAAAGCGGUAAAAGAACGUGCAAACACCAACUCAAAAAUCGCUGCCUAAAUGUUGUCACCACGAGUGAUAAAGACGGCACGUUUAAAACGCUGAAUCCAUCAAUUUGUGCCCAAAAAAAGAGCGGUUCUUUUGCGAGGGCGAGGAAAGAAAAUUAAGUGUGGUGGGAAUCGGUAUCGGGAUUCUACGCAUUGUACGGCGUAUCAGCUGAAGAAGACUGUGUGCAUCUCAAGCAAAGCAAACAAAACCAUAACAAAACAAAGCCGUUUGGAGAACUAUGAAAUCGUAGGACCGACGGCACGGAAACGAAUUCGGCCAUCAUGGACAUGCGAUUCAAGUGGCCGCUUAAACAGCGAGCCAACUACUCGGAAUCGCCCUAUCACCACAAUCCGUCGCGUGGCUACCAGCGACAUCCUCAUGUUUAUCCCAAUCAGCAGCCCCAUCCGCAUCCACAUCCCAACAAGAGUUAUGCGCGUCAACGUCACGGUUUUAGCCAUUGCUACCGCAAGCCGUUGCCGCCGCCGCCACCUCAACCGGCUCAGGUUGAGCGGGGAGCCAUGGCGCCUCCUUCGUCUGGCGGCUCAGUCAAUGCUGGCGCCGACAUGGUCACUCUCAUCGUGGAAAACAACAAUCUGAAGCGCAUGAUUGUCCUCCAUUUAAAGUUGAUGCAGGAGCAGACGGAUAGUCUGGCGGCCAAAGACAAGGAUCUAGACGACCAAAACGCCAAGAUGGGCAUAGUGCUGGCGCAGAAUCAAGAUCUUAAGCUGGCUGUCGCCAAGCUGGAGGCUGCUAACGAGGAUCUGCGCAAGCAACUGAGAAAAAAGAACCAGCGCCGAAAUGACGACGACGACGACGACGAUGAUCACUCACUGCCACCAGCUGCUCCGCAGCAGAAGCUGAUCCGUUGUCAUGCCGAGACGCAAACUGUAAUCCAGGAACGGGAACAGUGCACUCAGACGAUGGAUAUGCAGAUGCUACAGGCGGAGGCUCAGCCCAGGAUUCUCAGUAUAGAAACAAUACCAGCAGUGCCCCGCCAUGAUGGAACCGUAACGAAUCAGCCAGCCAAUAAGCGCUCAGAGAGCAAAGGCCGUGGCGAGUUCAACGGCAAAAAGGUGAGCACCUUUAUCCUGCAGCGUAUGAAUCAGGACUCCAAGCAUCACAUCCAGGAGCAAACGGAACAAGUGGAAGAACUGGUACAUGAGGAGCAGCUGCAGCAGGAGGAAAACGACCAUCUCAGAGAGGAGCUCCAAUUGCGGGAGGAAGAACAUCUGCAAUUGCACGAAGUGCAAACUGAAGAAGUCGUAGGUGGUGAUAUUUUCCACGAUGCUUUGGAAUCCAUUGAAAUGGAGGUGGUUUCUGAGGAGUUGGUGGAUUUGGAGGAGCAUGUACAGUCUGUAGAUGCCAAUGGCCAUAUGGAGGAGGAAGAUGAGGAAGAUCAGGAAAAUACAGAUGAGGAGGAAGAAAGUGAUGAUGACGAUGAAGACGAAGAGGAUGCUCAAUCGGUGGACAGCAAUAUUGAAGUACAUUUUCAAAAUGAUGAUGAUCUCUGGCAAAAUCAGAUACAGCCUAUGGAAUUGGACACGAGGGAAGAAAAGCCCUUGGCGCCUUCGGCCCACUCCACUCCCAAUCAUAGACGGAAAUCUGUGACACAGGUUGAGGUUAAGAAGGAGGAGCAUCAGGAUCGUAAAGUUGAACAGCGGGACUCUAAUGAAAAAGCCGUAAUACAGCUGGAUCAGGAUCCACCUCUUGGUGAUCAAAUCGAGGUGGGGCCUGUCAAGAUCGCUGCAGAAAAAAUGAGACAAGAAAAAGAUGAGAUUGCUGGUCACGCAUUAAAAACGCUGCUUUUCCUAAAGGAAGUAGCUCUUAUGAAAAAGGAAAAGGAUCAGGAAACAGUCGUGGAGGUGGCAGAAGUACCUAAGGAGAAUCGAAAACAAAAUGAUGCAGUAGCCGAUGAUCACAAUUCAAUUAAGAAUCAGAAGGAUGUAUCCAAGGCGGAACUUAAAGCAAAGGAUCUACCCAAGGAGAGAACUGCGCAGAAUCGGCGGGUGGAUAUUCGCAUGAAACAAAAGGACGAUAUACGCAAGGAACAGAUAGAAACUACCAAAAAGCAACCGGAGGAUAUGCCCAAUAAAUUGCCAAAAGCGGUAUCACUCAAGGUAGCUGCUGUUCCGAGUCAAUCCGCUAAGGAAACCACUAUGCCCAAGGCCAACACAGCUGACAUGAAAGUUUCUCCCGCUCAAAAAAUUAUAGCUAACCAUCAAUCCAUUAAGACCCAAACGGAUCCGGUAAAAAAGCAGCGAUUGCAGGUUAAGAUCAGGCACUAUGAGAUGUUCUCUGACAUAAGGACCAGCACCUCAGCACCUUCCGAUCAACUGAAACAAUAUGAUCAAGACCCAGGAUCCGAGACAAAGAUCACGAAAAGUAUGUUGAUCAAUGAUAAAAAGAUCACACCGGAAAACUCUCAGGACCAGGAUCAAGAUUUGGAUCAGGUGGAAACAGUAAAACGAAAACUGGCGGAGCAUUUAAAAAAGGAGUUGCUUAGCCAGAGUCACCAGUCGCAGGUUGCGCUUAAGAAAACUAUCAAGGAAAGAUCAGUCACAAAUUUAAUCUAUCCACCACCCAGUGCACCAGUAUCCUCUACCACAAUAACACCAGCGCCCACGCCGUCGACGACUCCCACGCCUGGCUCUACACCACAGCCUGCGCUUACAACGCCAAUAGAACAGGAAAUGUCUGCGGCAAAGUCCAAAUCCAAGGCAGCUGAACAAAUAGUCACCCCACUGACGCCUCAAUCCAAUAGCAGCGUUAGCAGCAGCACUUCCACAACCAGAAAAACCCUAAACAAUUGUUCACCCCAAACGUACAGCAAGGCAACCGCGAGAUCGGGAAAAUCAAAGUCCAGAUUCCGUAUCGCCACGUUUCCGUAUAGUACGAGAACGUGGGAAGAUCAGGAGUUCCACUGUGACAACGAAUUCUUCCUGGAGGAGGCCAACGAGCUGCUGGCGGAUAACCCCAGUUUGGAGAUACCCAAGUGGCGGGAUGUCCCAGUGCCGCCUAGUUCGGAUAAAAGUAAAACAGAACCUUUAAGCGAUGCUGUCUUCGAACGGCGUCAUCAAAAGUAUGUGAAGGAUGAGAUCGAUCGAAAGUGCCGGGAUGCACGAUAUAUGAAAGAGCAAAUACGGCUCGAAGGGCUUAGGAUGCGCCGAAACCAAGACGAGGUGUUGGUUGCGCUAGAUCCGUUGCCCACGUCCACCUUCUAUCCGUUGCCUGAGGAUAUCGAGGGCAUUCAAUUCGUCAAUGAGGUGACAGUUCAAGCGUUUGGUGAAAAUAUGGUCAACAUGGAGGCCCGAGAUGACUUCGGCGUCGCCUGGGUGGAUGCUGUCGAAGCGUCUACAUCUAUAGCCAAGGCAAAGGCACUGGCUGAGCCGGUGGCAACGUUGGCUAGCAAAAAGCUGCCCACCACCACCGCCGAGGCAAGGUAUCAAGAAAAUCACUCCUCCUACGUUUUUCCAAAGCGACGCAAGCGCCAGAAGAAUCGUUAGCCAGACCGCUCCUGGUGGAACAGCUAUGGGAGCUGAGCUGGCGAGUUUCGAUCGGACGGAAAGCGUUGCGUUUACCAUGCUGAUUAUUUUCAUUUUGUAAUUUUUAAUUAUUUUUUAAGCGUAAAGUGAAAGCACCAGAGUUAACAACGAUUCCCAGAGAUCGUCAGAUAUCAAGUAAUCCAGAUCAGACGAUGUUCUUUGUAUAUAUGGUUCCUCAGCUGUCCGUUUUUAUUUGUAUAAUAAAUAAGCGGAAAUAUGACUUUUAAAAAAUUUAAAGAAAUUGUUGUUGUAGAAUGUUUAAACUUAAAAAUUUUCAAUCGUCUGAUAUUGCAUAAGAGAUCAUCAAAGACAAGGAAAUUUAGCUGUCAUAUUGAAUCAUAUCUAUGAAUAGUUAUUAAAUCUAUUUAAAAAAAUCUA